AUGAGCUUCGAUGGGUUCUCGGCCCACUCACCGUCCUCCUCACGGGUGUCAUCUUCCUUCUACGAAUACACGAGUCUUAGUGAUGUAUCCGAAUAUCGAUCACCUCACAUCUCCAGCUCACCUCAGAUGAUUUCUGUGAAGUCCGAAAAGCCAAGUCCUCCACAAGCAUGGGCUCCGCAAAGCUAUUCUCCUUACGAGGUCCCAUCACUCUACAGCCCGUCGUUAUCGAAUCCCGUACCGGACGAACCGAACGCCUUUUCCUAUCGUCAGUACAAACAGGAACCAUCCUACUACACAGAACAAGCAGUCUUUCCGACACCGUCCGAUUUUCAAGCUCAGACGACAUUCCCAGAUAACAGCAUGAAUCACAGCGAGCGAACAUCACCUCAACCGGCUGCCACAUUACUGGUACCGGUCAGUGGUAAACCAUUGCUAAUAUGCAAGGUAUGCGGUGACAAGGCCAGCGGUUAUCACUAUGGAGUGACAUCUUGUGAAGGAUGCAAGGUAGUUUUACAGUUCUUUCGUGAUCCAGUAAUGCGUAUCGAUUUACGUGAUAGCGCUGGCCGAUGCUACAAACAGAAUCGAAAUCGCGUCAACUUCCUUUUUAAAAAAUGCAUACGUGUAGAAGUGCAAGACUCAGUGCGCUUUGGUCGUGUUCCAAAACGCCCUGUAAAAGAGAUAUCUGAUGUGGACACGUCGGAUUCUGAGGAGAAACCUGAAGUAUCGUCCACUACUUCUCCCGAGCCUCUCAAGGCAGUGCUGAACCAGGUACAUUAUUCACGCAUUUACGAAGCUCAUGAGGAAUUCUCGGCGAUGACGCUGAAACGGCAGCGAGCGAUUUCUGAGCACGCACUUGAUUUCAUCAUUGUCGAGCCGCCAACAUUAACCAACCAGCUGCAUGCAUGGGAGAUCUACACCGAGAAAGUUACGCCGGAUAUCCACAAGACCGUCGAAUUCGCGAAACGUUCAUCAUUCUUCCGGAUAUUUCUGAUUCGCACCUAUCGUGGCCUAUCGUCGCGAGGACUGCUUCUGGUCGACGGCACCUUCAUGCCGACAGCAUUUCUGAGCCUGAUCUUCGGCCAGUUUCUCAACGAACUAUUUGUCUUCUCACACGCUAUGAAAGGUCUGAACCUAAGUGACGAAGUGGUGGCGAUCUUCGCAGCCGUACUCCUCACAACAACAGAAAAUAUUUACUAUCACUCAAAAAUCGAAGUGGAUCGCAUACAGGAAAGGCUUGUUGCUGCGCUGCGGAUGCGAAUCAACGACGAUUUCCCCGAUUCGGUCGUGUUCGACCUGCUGAUGUCGAAAAUCAGCCAUCUUCGAGAAUUG